CAAUUUUAUAAACUACAUAUUACCUUCCUCAUCUCACUUUAAAUGAUGGUGGAGUUCCAUGGAGAAAUCCGAUCCCAUAACGAUGAAGACGACCGAGACCAAGAACCAGAAGAGGAAAUUAGCUACGAUGAUCUCAAGAAACGAAUGUGGAGAGAUCGACAACGGAUGAAGAAGAUGAAGGAGAGGCAUGAUGAAGAAGAGCCUGAAUCUGCUGCAAGAGAAGAAGCUUCUCGCCGUAAGAAAAUGGCUAGAGCUCAAGAUUCCAUUCUUAAGUGCAUGGAUAAAAUCAUGGAAGCUUGUAAAGCUCAAGGGUUUGUUUAUGGAAUCGUUCCGGAAAAGGGAAAGCCGGUCACUGGCUCUUCCGAGAGCCUCCGUGAAUGGUGGAAAGAUGAUGUCCGAUUCGAACAAGAUGCUCCAAUGGCUAUAGCGAAAUUUCUCCCCAAAGUAAUUGAAGAAUCAGGGAUUGAUCCCAAUUCGUUUUUGCAUUUACUCACCGAUUUACAGGACACAAUUGGAUCCAUUCUCUCCGCUUUGAUGCAGCACUGUAUUCCUCCACAGAGGAUCCCACUGGAAAAGGGUUUAGCGCCGCCAUGGUGGCCGACGGGUAACGAGCUUUGGUGGGGUGAACAGGGCGCCGCCGGUGGUCAUGGUGUUCCGCCGUAUAAAAAGCCCCACGAUCUCAAAAAGGCGUGGAAAAUCAGUGUCUUGGCGGCGGUGAUUAAACACAUGUCGCCUGAUUUAGACAACAUGAAGAAAUUAAUUAGGCAAUCGAAGAAUUUACAAGCGAAAAUGACAGCGAAAGAGACAAUCACCUGGGCUAAAGUUGUGAAUCAAGAAAGAAGCUCUGAUGAACUUAACAAAAAAGAGCUUAAGAAUCACCGACGAAGAAGAAGACAAAGAAGAAGAACAAACAAAAACAGAGAUAAACAGAGCAGCGAUGAGAUUAUGACGAAACGAAAGUGUGUAUUCGAACAAGAACCCAUAUUGGAAUCGUUGUUAUACCCUUGCCAGAAUCAAUGGUGUCCGCAGAGUGAAGCGGUAAUGGGAUUUAUGGACAAGAAAGCAAGAACAGAGCAUGAGACACAGUGCAUUUGCGGAGGAGAGAGGUCAGAGGAAUUUUCGGACGAGCAAUCGAUGACACGCAUUUGA